AAUUUAAUUUAUUUCAACUUCCAGUCUCUAUUUUUUUCUCUCUUUAUUGGAAAAACAAACAUGUUUUAAAUUCAAUUCUUUCUUUGUAUGGUUUAAUUUGUAAUGAGUGAUUCGGACGAUACUGAUAUUUUGCUAUUAAUUCCACCGAAUUUCUUUUUAACGGAAACACAUCUAAAUGAAUCAACCAGCUACGAUAUGUUUCGUACAAAUUUAGAGCAACGAACUGUUAAAUCAACGGUGUCACCAAGGCACAAUGAAAAAACAACAAAUCAAUCAAACAAUUGUUUAUUAUCGCAAAGUAAAGAUUUGUUUAUGUCACCAUCACAGUUGAAAUAUCGUCCAUACACUGAACCAGAUCCAACCAUAAAUAUGUCACAUUUGCAUCGAUCAUUCGAACGAAUAAAUUGCAUUGGAUCGAAUGAAUAUGUUGAUGCUGAUUUGUGUCGACCGCCAAAUCGACGAUCAAGUUCACCACUUCGAAAAUUAAAUUAUUCACAUGUACAUCGAGACUAUGGUAAAGAAAGGAUUGGAGAUUUAAGUAGUAAAAAGAUGUCCGAUUGGAAAUUUGGUGUGGAUGAACCAAGACAACAUGACGAUCUUAUCAGUUUAACCAAUGUUUGGAACAAUAAUCUUGACUUUCGAAGUACAACACAUCAGUCCACCGAAUUUGAAGAAGAAAAACUGAGACGCAGACAAUGCGAACGCAAUAUUUCUUUACUGCAAUCACAAUUGAAUCAAUAUCAAAAUAAAUUUACCGACGUUAUUAAAAUUGAUCAAGCUAAAAAUGAUACGCUCGCCAAACUUCAUGAUACAAACUCAAGUUUAAUAGCCAAUAUAAGCGAAUUGGAGAAACAAAUUUCCGAGAUGGAAUUGCGUUAUCAUCGAGAGAAGGAACAGCUAACCACUGAAAAUGGUGAUUUAAAAACCAAAGUCGAUCAUUUAAAGCAGCAAAAUUUGGAACUCGAUCGAAAGAUUAGCACAAUACUCAAAUCAACAAAUGAAGUGAGAGAUAUUCAUCGAGAUCAAAUGAAUGAAAUGGAAAUAAGAUUAUCAAAUUCAAAACAAAGCGAAUCAAUUUUAAUUGAUGAAAUAUCAAAGCUGAAAAAUGAUUAUAUCACUCAAACAGCCAAGCAUGAAGCAGAACAGGCACGAUCACAACAAUUGAUUGAUGAUCAAGCUAUAAAAUUGGAGCAGCUAGAACAAAAAGUAGCAGAUCUAAGAGAAAACAAUACAAAUCUUCAAACCAAAGAAUCCAAAUUUCUUGAAGAAAUGGAAUCACAGCGGGCAGCAUUAAAAGUUUUUUACCAGACACAAUUGGACGACUUGGUACGUGCAAAAGUCGAUGAAUACCAAAAACAAUUCGAUUCAAUGGAAAAAUCAAUUCGAAGGGAAACCAAACAAAAUGAACGGGUCAUAGCAGAAAAAGCGCUCAAACAAAUUGAACUAAUAACACAAAAAAACGAACAGGAGUUUUUAUUAUUGGAAGAAAAACACCGCGAAGAGAUGGAACUGUGUAAAAUUCGUCUGGGCAAUGCUACAAAAAUUAUAGCACAAUUGGAACAAGAGCUAAGCGUUUAUCGAGCUAAAAGGAGUGAUAUAGCCGAACGUUUACAUAAUGUAAUCGAAACACAAUGGCAAAAAACACUAGAAAUUCUGACAACAAAUGAUGCAUCGAAAGAAUCAAAUAAAUUUUCAUCAAAUCGUAUAGUAAAUGAUUUAGAAAAAUGCGAGAAAAAUAAUUGCUCCAGUUGAUUAAUGGAAAAUGCAAAGAAGAAAAUCACAAAACCAAUUCAAUUUAAAUGCACAUUUUAUUAGUUCAUGUACAAGUUUGUUUUCUUCAUUGUCGAAACAAAGCAUAUUUUUCCUUUGUAAAUGUUUGAUGUGCAUUACACGACUUUAAAUAAUUUAUCGUUCGAUUUUUUUUAUUGCAAAUCGCAUAAUGAUUACUGUAUACAGUAAAAUAGGGAAUACAAAGAAUAAAAUAAACGAAAACGU